CUCAGUGGAGUUGGCGUCUGAUGGAAAUGUAUGACAUCACUGGAACUGAUUUUCCCAGAAAAGACAGUUCAGUAAAAUGGAAAUGAGCCAUCUCCACAGAAGCUGCCAGAAAGGUUUGGCCUCCCUGGAUGAGUAGGAAAAUUAUAACUGAGACACUCCUGAGAAACCCUCUGCUACAUUAACAGCUGUCUACAUUGAUGAUCAGAGGGAAAAAUGAUGCUCGGGUUUGUGAUGGAAUAUGUUUUUGGUAUUGUUUCCAAUCAGUCUGGUAUUGAAGCCUCCAUGUUCCUGAAUACACUCACACCCAAGUUUUAUGUGGCACUGACAGGUACUUCAUCACUUAUAUCAGGCCUGAUAUUGAUAUUUGAAUGGUGGUAUUUCAAGAAAUACGGCACUAGUUUUAUUGAGCAGGUGUCCCUGAAUCACAUCUCUCCGCUCCUGGGGGGUGCCGAGGGGGGGCCAGACAACAACAACAGCACCAGCACAUCCAACAGUUCCACUUCUUCACAGCAGCAACAGAAUUCUUCAACACCAGAGUGUAAAGUAUGGCGAAACCCACUGAAUCUGUUCCGCGGUUCAGAGUAUCAGAGGUUCACGUGGGCCACUGGCAAAGAACCACUCACCUACUACGACAUGAAUCUCUCCGCUCAAGAUCAUCAGACGUUUUUCACCUGCGACACGGACGCAGGAAAACAGGAAUAUGAAGUUAUGCAGAUGGCAUGGAGAGAAAGAAGUCCACAAGCAAGGGUGAAGGCAGCCAAGGAAGCCUUGGAGAAAAACCCAGAUUGUGCCCCAGCAAUGAUUUUAUUAGCAGAAGAAGAAUGCAGCACUAUACUAGAAGUGGAGAAGAUGUUUAAACAGGCCUACAAAGCUGCAGAGACACAGUACAGGAAGAGUCAACAGACACAGCACUAUGGAACACAGUAUGAACAGAAUCACAGGCGAGACACCAAUGUGAUGAUCUACAUCAAGCGUCGUCUAUCCAUGUGCGCGCGGAAGCUGGGGAGAACCAGAGAGGCCGUCAAGAUGAUGAAAGAUCUGAUGAAAGACUUUCCUAUGUUUAACCUGUACAAUAUCCAUGAGAACCUGAUAGAAGCUCUGUUAGAAAUGCAGGCCUAUACGGAUGUCCAGGCAGUUUUAGCUAAGUAUGAUGAUAUAAGCUUGCCCAAGUCAGCCACAAUAUGUUACACAGCUGCUCUGCUCAAAGCACGACAAGUGGCAGACAAAUUUUCUCCCGACAUAGCGUCCAAGCGCGGGCUCAGUACAGCGGAGAUGAAUGCAGUGGAAGCCAUACACAGAGCAGUGGAGUUUAAUCCACAUGUGCCAAAAUAUUUACUAGAGAUGAAGAGUCUUGUCUUGCCUCCGGAGCAUAUUCUCAAGCGGGGAGACAGCGAGGCAGUCGCGUACAGUUUUUUCCACCUCCAGCACUGGAAGAGGGUGGAAGGGGCCCUGAAUCUGCUACACUGUACAUGGGAAGGGACUUUCCGUAUGAUUCCGUACCCACUAGAAAAAGGCCACCUGUUUUAUCCCUACCCUCCCUGCACAGAGAAUGCAGAUAAGGAACUACUGCCAGCUUUCCAUGAUGUUUCUGUCUACCCAAAGAAGGAACUCCCUUUCUUCAUCCUAUUUACUGCGGGACUGUGUUCAUUUACUGCGCUCCUUGCAUUACUCACACAUCAGUAUCCCGAGCCAAUGGGAUAUGUUGCCAAAACAGCUCUGGGUUGGCUGUACCUGCCAAUAAGUUAUCUUGUGGAGAAAUUAGAAGCCAUCUUGCCAUCCAAUAUCCUUCAGCAGUUGUCCAGAAUCUAGCUCAAGGUCAAGGCUGAGUCAAUGUCAAGGUCGAGACUGGGUCAUGGUCAAAAACAUGGCGGCCAAGUCAAUGAGGAGUCUUAACAAUGAGACCAAUGUCCAGAAAAAGAAGAAAAUAUGAUCUGUAUUUAUUUGUUGUCAAACAACACUAGUUGCUUCAAUGUUAAGUUGCAAGCAUUUUAUAGUAUUUGUUUUAGUCUUAUAAACAUGGUAAAUGUCAGGUAUAAUUUUGAACAGCAGAAAAAUGGAGAAACAAGAUGUGAAAAUAAACUGCAAAGCCAGUGACAUUAGAUUUAGAGAAAACAUAAGAGACAAGAGUUCUAUUAGGAUGUUUGUUUGUUUGUUUAUUUAUUUUUAUAACUUCCCAGUUUAUGGCCAUGGUCAUCAGUUAAAAUGUUAUCAGAAACUUUUCCUAAUUUAAGUGAAUUGAACGGAUUUCACAGUGAAUAAAGCAAAGACAUCAGGAGAGUUAUGUUAAACUUAAAAAAUGCAAUAUUGAAUGUUUUGGUAGUUUCCAGUGAAAAAAUUAUCUGUGCACUAAUCAUGUUUUUAAUCUACACACAAUAUUUCUCUGGGAAUAAUAGAAAGGGAAAAGGCAACACUUGGUUGAAAGUUAAUUUUCUGUAACAAAAGUAUAAGAUGGUCAGCAUUUGCUUUCCUCAUGUUUGUAAAGUGCAAUCUGACAAAGGAACUCUGGAGAUAGGGGUUAUCUUGGAGAUUUAAGAGACAUCUAUGAUCUUGUUAACUAUUUGAUUUGUUGUAAUUUACUUAUUUUUGUUAAUUUAAUUGUGCUUUCACAAUAAAAAUAAGUACACUG